AAGACAAAUAUGUCGUCAACCUCUACUGUAGCCACACAGUUAGAACUAAUACCAGCGCUAUUCAAGAAUGUUUCAGAGUCUUCAUCGUCAGAUCCUCCAAUGGAAGAAUGGUCAUCUUUGGCUGUAUUGGUGCAAAAUCAAAGUCAAAAAUUCGAGCAAAAAGAGUUGUCUCAGUCUGAGAGUGAAAAUAUAUUAUGUGCUCAAUAUGUAUCAAUGUCAGCUAGUUCCAUUCUUCUUCAUCCCUACUAUUCAUACCCUUGUAUUGAAGAUCCGGGUAUUGUAGCAGCCUUGUUGAAACCAGAGACAACAAGAUACUAUCCUCCUGACGGACAAGAGUAUUACCUGGCCGUGUGCGAGGCGAUGGACAUAUGUCCUGUGCGGAGUUUCUACCGGGGUUUGCUGCAGCUAUCUAUUGACUUGAAAUACUACGGAGUGAACCCAGGGGGUGUUAGGGCGAUGUGUUUGGCCUUACAUUUGAAUAACAUCGUAGUUCGUCUAGACCUGUCCUCUAACUUCUUAAAUAAAGAUGCCUGUUACCAUCUUGGCCAAAUGCUUGCAGACAAUUACACAAUGCAGGAGUUAGUGCUGUCUGGAUGCAGGAUUGGAAGUGAAGGAUUAAGAUUAUUAUUAGGGAAGACAGUGAAGCGAAGUUUGGAAGAGCUAGAUCUGUCAAGGAACAAUAUUGGGGACAGUGGGUUUCCAUAUCUUGCGGAUACAUUAAUGAGAGGAGUGGUGAUUAAAAGGUUGAAUCUGAGCCACAACGAGCUGGGACCGCGUGCUGCAACUCUGUUUGCCGAAGUACUGGAGUUCAAGAACGCACACACUCAUCUCAACCUGUCAUGGAACAAUUUCUGUGAUAGCAAAGGUGUUAGCGAUUUGGUGUCAAGACUUGGCAGUAGUGCCCAAUUGGAGGAGUUGAAUCUGUCGUGGUGCAGCUUGACAAUUAGCACACCUUUGAGGAGGCUGCUUUCAGUACCAACACUGACCAUGCUUGAUCUGAGCAAUAACAGGCUUGUGCUGCAGUCAGCAAUCUCGAUAGCGGCAGGUCUUAACCGGGCGAAACAGCUGAACACCUUGAAUAUAUCUUCGAAUCCGAUCCCACCUGAAGGCGCCAUGAGACUUCUGAAUACGUUGAAACGGAGGGAUGUAAAACUAAAGAAUCUGAUGAUGGAGAAUAUCGUAGUGAAUAAGAAUUUUGUUAAGCAUUGUGACGAGAUGUUGAAGUUAAGUUAUCGUAAGGAUACCAUCAUAAAAUAUGGCGAGGUGUUACGUAACUACACGUUACAAGUUACCGACAUGAAGUACAUCAUUAUGAAGAGGCUUGACUAUCUCACCUCGAGGCAAAGCAGAAAGCAUACAGUGGAUAUAGCGCUGUAUUUCUUGGAGCUGCAAAAGAGUUCAGAAUUUAUACAACCCAGACAGUUUAUGAAAGACAUGAGGAUCGCUGGUAUCCUGAUAGAAGAGGAGCUUGCAAAUGGAAUGGCUGACUUAUUUCCAGGACCUCUGCUGGAUAAGGGUGGAAAAACUAUUGACAUUAUUAAAAUAGUGGAUAUGAUCACGAGGUUGUGGCCGUGGAAGAAGCUCCCACCGACACCACCUGAAGUUAUACCCGAGCCAGACAUAACAGCAAAACAAAAAGAAAAACCAAAAAAGGGAAAAUAAUAAGUAGCAUAGGUACCUAAAUUAUUAUGAAUAGCAAACUUUUAUAUUAAUAUUUGAAUAACAUUACUCUUAGUGUUAUCGAACUCUUGAGUAAUCACUAUCAUUGAAUAAGAUCAUUCAGACAUCUGCGGCCUCUCAUAAUAUUGAGAAAAAAUUGUUGACGCUAUAUACUCGUAUACAUAAAUGUAGUACCUAUAUAGUAUAAUGACUCUAUUAACUACAGCAUACAAAUACUGUCUAAUAUUUUAUAUAGAGUUUAUACUUUGAAAUGUAAUUAUUUGUAUAAUUGGCGUUUUUCUGGUGAGAAUGUGUAAGCGUUUCGGUUUGAAGGGCUCACAAAGUUUAUGAGAUUAGAGGGCUGAUGAGACUUUUAACAUCUUCUGUCUCAUGAUGACGAGCGCAAUUACAAUUCCACUCACUCAAUUCACUCGAGAAUCUUAAGCGGCAUUACAUUGUAAUGGAGGAGGUGUACUCCUCGUGCCUUUUCGCAUGUAUACAGUCUCGGCCCGGUCGCCGUGCUGUGUUAAGUAGAAAUGUAUGAGGAACAUGAGCUUUCACAUGUCACUGCCAUUGUGCCGUGACCCGUGAUUAUCCGCUAUAAGCACGAGUUUGACGGCAACCGUCCCUGUACUAAUGUAUUGAGUUGUAUAGCCUCAUUCACAUGAACACGGGCGCAGAACGGCAGCGGCGGGCGCGGGGUAGUAUUCGACCGCUUGAUUAUACUAGUUAAAGUGUGGCGCUAUGGAACAAGACAAUCACGGCCUAUAAAUAAUUGACAAAACAAGCGAAAACACCGAAAGAACAAUGAAAGGUGUGAAAGAGCAUGGCAUGGACCCGUCCCACACUACAGUAAUAGAACAGUACUUUAACUUGCCACCGACUGCCAACCUACUGUCCGAGUUAUAUAAGCUGCGUGGCGCCGGCAAUCUCUUUAUAUGUACCAACCCUAGCGCUCCGCUCAGGUAUUUUCAAAGAAAUCGCUGAGGGUUCUGUUACGCAACUGUUGUAUUACUUGUCAUGUGGCCGUACCAUUUAGAGGGCAACCGUAUGCAUGGGAAAAGGAACUUACCAUCAGAUGGGCGGUAGGCUCUAGUGUCUUCACUUUUUCCCAUAAAAAUUCAAAGCCCCUUCAGCGAAUUCUAACGAUAUGUCGAUAAAUAAGUUGCGAUCAAAAUAGUUAAUUUAUUUUUGUGUUACUCCAUUGAGAAUUACGAUUUUUUAUUACCAACACGAUGCAGGUAGUUGUUGUUUAGCUUUGAAAUACCAUUUUAUUGAUUAGUUUAUUUGAUAGAUUACAAUUAUAAAACAUUGAUAACUUUAUU